UAUAAUCGAAUUAAGCCAACCACUCGAAUCUUCUCGACCGGAAGAGGACGGAACUUUAACACCAGUUGCAAAAAAUGUCCUCAAACAAAUCUUUAGGUGUAUUGCAGGAGUGACCGACCCAACUGCUAUGAGUCACGCAAUCGAAACAAACUUACCGGAAGGAGAGACUAUCAUGUUUAGUUACCUGAUAAAGAUGGCGGACCCUAGUCAGUGGUCAAAUGAGGGCGAUAAGAAGCUUGCAAGCGACGCGAAGAUCAAAAUAAACAAGUUGAUCCCACCUGCCCAGCGGCAGUCAGAUUUUAUGCUUCAGCAUCGCGAAAAACGUGACAAGCGACCCACCCUCUCAGAAUUUCACAGAAAAAGCCACCAAGGGAUGACACCUGUUGUCAAAGUAAUAGUCGAUGCCAUUACUGUUGAUGGAAAUAAUUGGAAAAAUAACGAAAAUGCCAAAGCGGCCGUGGCGACAAUUUUGACCUCGGACAACAAAAUCAGAGAAUACAAUACUAAAAACAGUUUGGCUCCGGAUACUGGAGUCUUCAACUAUCUGAGGUUUGCCAAUAUGUGGUUAGCGUUGGUAGAUGCCAAAAACUCCCACGAGGUAGAGGCAGUCCUCAAGAUAGAGAAAAGUUUGGAGUCGUUCUGCAAAGAAAAUAAGCUACCCCCGUGGUACCCUGGUGGCAAACCCAACCCCAAACCGCCUGGACCAAAGCCUCCUGGUUUUGAUGGUCAACCCCAAAAUGGUGUUGAAACUGGGUCUUCUGUGGAAUUAUGGGGUAGCAAGGCAAUAGCAUAUGUCCCGUCACGGAAUACAGAACCUUGGGAGUAUCGACCGGGAUACACGCCGCAGGGCGAGAGAAUUGAGUACCGCCAGCGUAUGGGAGCCGGGAUAUAUUUUGUUGUCCAUGGCGCACAGGGCUGGAGACUCACUCCAAGUGGGUCUGUUGGCGGCAAGCUUGCUCGCCUAUCCGCAGAGGCUGCAAAUGUACAAUGGGUCCUCAGUGGACAAGAAGCUUCUCGCUACCUAUACGAGCGACUGUGCCAACCCGAACGCACCUAUAAAUACGAUGUUUGGUUUGUGGCAAUUGGACAGUUGGACCUGGACAGAAAGAUCCGUGUGCCUAACAUGAUUGUGGGUUUUGUGUCCGCGAUUGACGGCAACCCAGAGACAGAGGAAAGAGUCGCGUUUCCGCGUUCUGCUCUAGACCAAUUCCUCGGGAAAGAUACUGCCGAGGCUCUCGUUUCGCGGCAUAUUAUUCCACAUGGAAAAAUGCCUUUGAGGCAAGCUUUGGCAAUUGGUUAUCGGAACGCUGGUGCUGAUAGCGCAAGCCUUCGCCCACUUAUUCAGAGAGGUAAAGCGACUCAGGAAUCAAAACUAAUCGAAGGCUUGCGAAACCUCUGCAUUGAGUCUCCUCAAGAGUUUGAAAAGCUUACAGGCUCGCUUGGACUAGUGAGGGCGGAUCGACGGCUGGAGUGGAAGGAUUGAUCUCUAGGAAGUGAAGACCCUAUUAAAUACAAUAUGUUGGAGUGCUGCACUCAGUGAAUGCAACUAGCACCACCAUAAGCGGAUAGCGACACGUGACUACCCAGUGUAUUUAGGCCACCGUUUCCUUCCAGAUCUCCAUGCUUCCUCCAAGCAUCUCUUCAUCUCCGAGUUAGACCCAAUUGAACCCAUUUCGGUCAACUUUCUACCGUCAUAGUUUGACAAACCUCUUAUCAGGUCAUUAACGUCAAUUAGUCCAGUUUGUUCAGCCUUGCCACAGGCUUCGGACAGGGUCUUGACUAUCACUUUGCUCUCGGAUAUACGCAUUGCGGACUGGAA